CCCCGUAAACCGCUCUCGUAUCUCGUUUAUUUCUUUCUUCCCGUCAACGCCACACAUCUCCUUUCCUCCAAAUCAAACACAGAUCAGGCUGCUCCGGCGAGCGACCACCUCCACCACCCCCCGCGCUGCUCGACGAGCACAACCCCAUCCCUUGCCCCACGCUGCUCCGACGAGCGGCCGCCUCCAACUCCCCUUGUGCUGCUCCGACGAGCGUAAGGCCAUCACUGCCCCGCUCUAUUCUAGCGAGCAGCCGCCUCCACCUGCCCCCGCGCUGCUCCGACGUGCGCCGUCCUCCACCGGGUGAUGGGCCGGCGGUUACGUCUUGCAUGAGCAAACGAGAUGCUGGAAUCAGCCUCGGCGGGUGCUGCAAUCGGCAAUCUUUUUGCUACAACCGGUUUUUGUUUUUGCUGGAAACAGCAACAUUUUUUUGCUAGGAUCCACAUUUUUGGAAGUGCUUUUUUGCUACAACCAUUUCAAAUUUUUGCUACCAUCGUUUUGUUUUUUGCUACCACCAUCCUUUUUUUAUUUUUGGCACCCAUCUUUGAUUUUUUUUUUGUUGGAUCCAUCUUUCUACUAGAACCACUCCAUUUUUUGUUACCAGAGUCUUUGAUUUGUGCUACCACCGUCUCCGCUUUUGCUACUACCCCGUCUCUUGACUUUUUUUGCCGGAUGCAUCUUUUUUACCUUUGAACCACUCCAAAUUUGCUACCACUGUCUUUGUUUUUUGCUACCAGUGUAUUUGAGUUUUGCUACCAUCCUUUUUUUGUUUUUUUCUGCUGGAUACAUUUUUUGCUGGAACCAGCAAUUUUUUUGUUGGAACUGGUGUUUUUGUUAGCUACUACCCCAUCUACAAACAGCGACAUCGAUGAACUUUCACUGAAAGGCUGCAACUGGAGGCCGAUUUUGCUGGAACCGACAUCACAAUUUUGCUGCAUCGGUGUUAUUUUUUGCGACAACCGGUUAAUUGUUUUGCUACAUGGCGACGGCUCGGUGCAGCGAUGGUGUCCUGCCAAGAUCCAGCGAGGACCAAUGCUGCGGGGACCGCGAGCCGACGGUGCUUCGAAUCAGCGGCACGCGCGGCCAUGGCGGGCUGCGUGAGCGGGGCGGGUGCACCGGAGAUUCCUUAUUUUUUUGUUCUGGCAUGAUGUGCGAGACGAGGAAGAAAAAAAAGGCCCAGAUCCAACGGCAGAUGAAACUGCAAUCGUACGGGAGGAUUUCGAAGAGUAUGCCGAGAAGGCAAAGGCCUUGCCCGAGACCCAGAGCACCAGCAAUGAAGACAAGCUUAUCCUCUAUGGACUCUUCAAGCAUGCCACUGUUGGGGUUGCGAAUACAGCUCGGCCUGGUAUGUGCAACAUGAGGGAGAGGGCCAAAUGGGAUGCAUGGGAAGCUGUUAAAG